AUGGUUGUUCAUGAAGAUGAAACAACACAAGCGUUUCGAAAUGUCAUUCAAACUGUUGUUAAUCGAUCGCUAUCAGGCGCGAUUUUACCGCCAAGUACCGCUCUCCUCUCGGCCGCUACUCAACAAUUGUUGGCAAGAAUUCCGCUAACAUUGGAAAAUCUAAAGGCAGCUUUCCGAUGUCUUACUUUACUAUACGAUUUGGAUUCACAAAGAGGAACACAAGUUUUCUCUUCUUUCAUCAAAUGCUAUGCGAGCUCUCCACCACUCGAAAGAGCUAUUAUCGUUGAAGGGAUCCGUACCUCAAGCCUUCCACUCUACUUGAUCUAUUUGUGGUUGUCAAUCGCGGAAAAGGAGUCCAUCAAUUUGGGCACUCCAUCCCCGCCGCGUUCCCUCAUCAUGGCCAUCCUCUAUGGCGGUGAUUUCAUUAAACAAAAGUCACUCACACCGAUUCUCCUUGGAAUGGGCAAAAAUACGCACUACAACUUGGGAAUCGCUUCAACUGGCGAGGUGACAAAGCCGAGAUUGGUCCCUGUCGCUGCUGAGAUCAUUAAAGCCUCCCUUUCCACAUCACAUUCCCUUCUCUUGACAUCUGAUGGAAGAGUCUAUGCGAUGGGACGUUGUGAGGGAUAUCGAACUGGUUUAUCGAGAAAUGAUGUUGCCGCAAGUCCACAACUUGUACCACUUCCAAAAGGCACUGUUGUUGUCGAUGUUGCGGCCGGUGAGGGAUAUUCGCUGUUUUUAACUCGAAAAUCGCUAUACGGUUGUGGCUUAAAUGUGGCCGCUCGUCUGGGACUUGGCAAAGACGCGGGACCAUUUCAACUCCAAAAAAUCCCACUUCCACAAUUGAGGGAAUUGAUUUUGGAUGAGGUUGUGACAACAGAGAAAUUCACGCUGAUCACCACUUCGUCGGUUUCCGAUUUUCUACUUGCUGGCACAAGCUUUGAAAAGAGAAAUGUGACGAAGACGUUCGAGUUUCAUAAAGACUACGACCCAGAAUGGGAUGACAUUUUCGUGCCUUGCAGCACACAGCUCGAGGUGUCUGCGCGAAUCUCAUCGAGGCCACACUGUGGAAUUGUCACCGGACAAGAUGUGAAUCUGAAGCAAGCGAAUGAGAGCUAUACGGUGAGAUUCGUUUUGUUCAACAAUGCUUUGCGCUAUCGUUUUGCGCAUUCGAACUUUAUUGGUGAGGUCAUCUACGCGAUCGAUGGCAUUUUAUUUGGAUUCGAUGUUGCUGAGUUCUCGGUGGAUUCAAAAGGAGGCGUCUACUUGAGAGCCGCUCUUGACACGGGGAUUACGAGAAGGGUUUACUCUGUUUACCGAGGUCGAGUAGCGAUUUGGCCAAAAGAGGACUCGACAUUUGAAACUGCGAGAAGCAACCGAAAAAAAGAAAUCAACAUGAGCGGAUUGGCUAUCGUUUUCCUUUUACAACCGAUCGCGAACACUUCAUAUGCUACAUCAUUGAGCGUUUCACCGGACGGCGAGAAUGCGAUUUUCGUGAUCGGAGAAAAGGAGGAGCAAAAUGAGGGAAAAUUGAGGAAUUGGGCUGGACAGCGCUUGAUUGCUGAACCGAUCAAAGAAGUACCGUUUGAUGCAAAGAUCUGUCUCGGUGGUCGCUCUUGGCCCGUUAUGUCAUCAGUUUUAGCCCAUCGUGUCCCUGAAUCGUAUCGUUUUCUGAAAGGAAAAGUGAUGCACAUGGAAGAGGCUUUUCACGGGAUUCCAAACUCGGCAAAACGAGAAGACUGGCGCUUGGAAGUGAGUCAAAUGGUUGCUAGCUAUGUAAAAGAAGGAGUAGCUAUUUGGAACGCUGAAGUAUGGGAACCCGAGUCUCCAGCACUUGAUUUCGUGAAGAAAGCGCUCGCCGUGCUUGGACUGAAAGCCGUUGGACCAAGGCCAAGCCAAGGGAAAACGAUGAGAGCACUUGUGCCAAUAGUAAAAGGCUCAGCUCAAUCAACAGCUCAAUCAAAUUGUGUUCUUCAAUGCGUUGAUGAGGAUGGAACGGCUGUAAUAGAAACGAAUAGACAACUCCUCGAGCUUCAUUCUUACUAUUUUGUGCUUGCUGGUAAACACGAGGGUCGAGAUUCGUUUGUUGUUCGAGAAAGUCAAGGAAUCGUCGAGAAGAUUCUCGAAGCGAUGGCCAGUCCCGAUAGUCUUGUUCAAUGCACAAGAGAUGAGCUAUGUCGAAUGUUAAUCUUUUGCGAUGCUUACGCAAUGGAUAGCUUAAUCGAUGACAUCAUUAGAGCUUUCUUCAUCAAUGCCACCGCUAGCUGUUUAUUAGAUCUAUCUGGUUUAUAUUCUUGGUCUUAUUACGCUCAAAAUUUCAUCAUUCGUGAGCUAAUCGCUCGCCCGGAUUUACUCUUUUUAUAUACAAAAAGUGAGGAAAUCGAUCAAGAAAUGGCAAAAAGAGCCUGUGAAGCAAUCGAAGCCGGCACUUGUCGCCGCUCCGGGGUGACCACGGAAAACGCGUUAAUGAUUGGGCAAGCUAUUUGGCACUCGUAUGCACAUAUCUACUCAGAUAGGACACAGGUAGACGAGGAGAGACUCCUCUUCACAGCUCUUUCUUUUGCCGCUAUUCAACCGUACUUUACAAAACAAGCUGUUUUCGGGUAUUCGCAUGACCCGGAGCUACAUCGUUUCACCUUUCCGCAAUUAAAGACUCUUUACAACACGACCGCUCCAGACUACAAAGAGUUCCGGGUACAGAAAAGUGACAAUUCCGGCUUGACCGCGGUGGAUCGUGAAGAGUUUGACUUGAUGAACGCUUUGGUGGAAAGUUUAGGCGAUUUCUCGUUUGAGCCUGAAAAAAUGAUUGCAUCGAAAAGGCGACGCCGCAGAACGGAUACCGAACGACAAAAGGAAAACUUGGAUACAAGUAUCUGUGAAGUGGCUGAAGAGCAGGUUGAGACGAAAAGAAACGAGCAGAAACGAUCGCCAACUCCGGAGAUCACAUUUGGCUCAAAGCCUAUGGCCAUUGUACAACCAUCAUUCCACACUGAAGAGAAACUCGAAGAAUCUCCCUCAUCUUCAAGAUUCAAUGAGAAUCUCUUCCCAGCGCUAGGAUUGAACACUCCAAGCAGCUCAAAACAUGGAAAAAGACUCCAAAUGGGCAAUGUCAAGUAUCGACGUUUCCCGGAAAAUGAAAAGGAAAAACCGAAAGAAAGUGUGGCUCCUUGGGCUCACCUCUCCUCUCCAUCCACAUCCAUAUCACAAAAACUCUCAGAGACUCCAAAAAUCGAAGCAAAAGCUCAACCGAUUGUUCGAACAAGGAAUGAGUCAAUGAAUACGAUUUCUCCACAUGAUUCUUUGAUGGCGAUCAUGCAAGAAGAGCAACAAUUGCAGACUGAAAGAUACAGGAGAACGCAUCGACCACUCGCUUUUGUUGAUAUGGAAGAACGCGCAAUCAUUGAACUCAAGCAACUCUAUUUGCAAUCGUUUGGUGAUGAAGUGAUUAUUGAUGUGAUUCGAGUCGACGCGUUAACCGCGGCACCUAUUUGGAAACGACCCACA